UAUUAUUGUGAAAGUUGUACUCAGUUGUAUGACAAUCCUAUUGUCGAAAGUAAACAUACUAUUGAAAUUACUUGAUAUAAUUCUGACUGAUACUAUGAUAGUACUCUCUGCCCUUUGUACAUAAUUGUCUCAGAUUCUGACAUGGUUCCACUGUAUUUUAUUUUUUCACAUCUUUUUUUUUAGAUUUACACCAACAUACUGUUGAAUAGAAAAGGUUAGAAUGCUCAGAUUGAUAACAUCAAUGUUACAUCAUCAUUUUAUGUCAAGAAGGAAUGUUGACUGCAUAAGGCCUACUCAUGCCACUAACAGUUGGUGAAGGAAAUGAAGUGUUGCUCAAUUUCCUGUACUAGAACAGGACAUCUAACUUUGAUAACGAAAACAGACAUAUUUUUACCCCAAGUAAUGAAAGUGAAAACUUCAAUAACACAAAAAGUGUGACUAACAAUAGCACAUUUGACAACAGCAAAUAUAGGAAGAAGAAUGGCCUUGUAAUCCUUAGCAGCAAUUUGGAAAGGAUGAGAGAAUUAAGACAUUGGAAUUAGAGAGCUGAAGACAGCAUGCUGCUCAGUAGAUUUCUGAAAGAAGGAAGUUGCUACAUUGAUGGAUGUAUCGGCCAAGUCAAAUUGUUGGUUACUGUGUGAAAUUCUGUGAGCCUCAGGAAUACACACAACACAUUACUUGCCAGUACUGUUAUCAACGACCAAUCAAAUGCACCCUGAAAAUAAACUGACCACUAAUGGUAAGCAAGUGGUUAGUAGCACCGAAACUCAGAUUUCUGAUGCGAACCAGCAGCAAGGCCUUGGAACUAAGGGUGUUGGGAUUGGAAGCCAUGGAGUCAAAACGAACCAGGUUUCUCCCGGAUUGAACAGUGUGGGUCCAUCAGGUGUUGGUGGAGGAGUAACAAUGUUGAAGACCAAGACUAAACGGGAGAGAGCCAUCUCCAUGGACGCAGGUGACCUGAGAGACUCCCUGGAGCCUGAUGCUAAAGACGGUGUAAUGCGCAGCAAGCGUCGCUGUGUUCUGGAGAAGAAGCAACCCUACAGUGGUGAUGAGUGGUGCUCUGGAGGAGACACAGAGGAGGAUGAGGACAAACCUAACAUAGCAGCACUUCAUCGAGAGCGUAUGAUCGCUGGUACUUGCGGUACUGGAGGUGUUGGAGGGCAAUCGUCUGCUCCUCCUGCAGGAUAUGCUUUUAGUUCAGGGGGCCUCCGAUCUGACCUGCCCCGUCCUGCUCAGCAAGUGGUGUACGUUUUCACCACCAGCCUAGCCAAUAGCGCUGCUGAGGCAGUAAUUCAUGGCCACACAGAUUCGAUACUCAUGUUUCACCAGCAAAAUGUCCCUCGUACAAAGCUGGAUCAGUGUGUGCCAGCAGCAAGGAAGCUGUCCAGUUUACCAGAACAACUCAACACACCACCCAUGGGAACACUGAAAUCUCAAAAUGACACUCCAAGGCCAGCAUCUGUUGGAGGGGCAAUUGGUACACAGGUCACAAGCAGCUCAUCCUCGAGUGGGCAACCUCAAGAGGCUGACCUGCCAGUCCACCAACCUCUGGACGGCCCUUCCAGUUCACAUCAGCCUUUGCAAGGCAGUGCUGGUCCAUCAGCUGGGGGUGUAACGGGGCCUGGGGGAACAGAGGGAGUGGGGAGCAUGGCCCACCCUAGUGCUGGUGUCUCUCCUACUUCUAGUUCCGCAGUGCUGCCAGCACAUCUCCAGGGUGAAGGGCCACAGCGUGGCCCAUGUAACAUGGACGGAUUGUCCAAGGAGCAGCUGGAGCACCGGGAGCGCUCUCUGCAAACACUCAGAGACAUUGAGCGACUACUGCUCCGCAGUGGUGUCAGUGGAGGCACAGGAGAGCUGGAAGGGCCAAAUGGUAACCCUGGUGCCAUCCACAGCAACAGCAUCAACAUAAACAACAAUAACAAUACUGACAACAAUGGCAGAACUCAAGAGGGCAGUGAAGGCUCUAAGAACGCUGAGAACAUGAACAACAAUAAUCUUCCUCUUGAUAUGUCUGAAGUAAAAAAAUAUGAGGAGCCCCUGCAGUCGAUUAUGUCUCAAACACAGAAUCUUGGGGGAUCCCGACUUGAUGAUCCUGCUCUAGGGCCCCAUCUGGGCUUGCCAACCCAGCAGCACCACCACAUGUCCUCACCGCCAGAGUUGGACUUGGGGAUGCUGCAGGACCAUGAUGGGCUGACGCCAGAGCAGAUGGCAUGGAGGAAGCUUCAGGAGGAGUACUAUCAGGAGAAGCGUCGACAACAGGAGAUGCACCCACACUCACAUCCCCAGCACUACCGCAUGAUGGCAGAGAUGGGCAUGCCCAGGGGUCCACACCUCAUGAUGAGGGGACCUCCCCCACCAUACCACAACAAAUCAGACGAGCAGUGGGGCCCUGCGCCUCUGAUGGGUGGAGGUAUGGGAAGCAACCCUCGAUUAAUUGAUAUCCACCAGGAUGGGUCUCAAGGCCCACGAUUUGUGGGACAGAUGCAGAGAGGCCCACCGGGGCCAAGGGGCUAUCCUGGUAGCCCUGGGAGAGUUUUGGCCAUGGAGAGUAUUGGACUUCAAAGGUCUGGAAUGGGCUGGGUGGAGGACUUGCCACUCAACAUUGGUGGUGGCAGGUCAUUAUUGCAUGGAUGCUACCCACCUGGUGGUCCUGGUGGUCCAUCUCAACACCUACAUGGUGACCCAGAACGACAACUUAUGCGUGAAGAGGUACUCCGCAUCAUGGAAAAGAGGCAGCUGCAGAGGCUCGAGCAAGAGCGGCUUGCCAUACUGCAGCAGCAACAGCAGCAGCAGCAGCAGGAAGGAAUGGGACCAUCCAGGUUAUUAAACAACACAGGAAGGCCGAGCCUCCCAAACCAAGUUGUGGGUAUCGGCCCACAUGGUGAGCCCAUGGAUUUCCCACACUCACAAGCCAUAAUGCACUCUCCCCUAGGCAGGGUAAGAGAAGGAGAUGGGCCAUCCCUAAGAGAUCUUGGAGACUCUCCUUUAAGCACUCAUCUAAUCAUGAAUGUUAACUUGAACGCACAGGAACAGCAGGUACUUGCACAGAAACUGCGAGGAGUUAAUCGCGUAGGGGAAAUUUUAAGCCCAGAAGAUAUUGCCCGUCUUAGAGCUGGGCAGAAUGGUCGCAGUGGUGCAAGUAAAGCUGUGAUUACUGGACCAGAGGGUCCUGUGCAAUUCCCUAACCAAAGAUUUUGUGGGGGACAAUCAGAGAGGUCCUACCUCAAGCAAACUGAUCAAGCAAAUUUCGGGCCAGAUCAGCAGGGAACUACUCUAGGCAGCUCAUCCCACCUAAGCCACAUGCCUCUAGAUACAGGCCCCAGGGGGUCUGACUCCUGUCCUCGUCAUCCAUCUAACUUGUCAGUCAAUGUUAAUUCCAUGGGCUCCCCAACCAUGGCCCCACCUCAUCCACUCAAGUCCCCUUCCAUUGGCCCAGAGCCAUCACCCCUUAUGCCUUCUCCCUCUGCUUCGGUACUGAAGUCUCCCACCCCAGUCUCCACCACUAGUCCCUCUCACCCACAUCUCCCUGCUGCAUCUAGGGCAGGCACCCCAUCCUCAACCUCCAUGAAGUCACCUCAGAUGAUUGGCACCACAUCCCUUGGCAUGCAUUCUCCCUCUGGCUCACCAGGGCACCAAAAAUCCCCUGUAAUGAACAUGGCCUCUCCCAGUUGGACCACAUCCCCAAAGACCAAUAUGCCCAGUCCUGGACGACCCCCAAAUGGGAAGGGCAUGGGCAAUGGAACAAGCAACUCUGAAACAGGUCCAACUCUGCCCCCAAAGAGUUCAAACUCAACAGUAACUAACCAACCCAGCAUGCCCUUCACAUCCUCUCCAGAUGCCCCUCCAUCCCAGAAUCCCCUGUCGCUGAUCAUGUCUCAGAUGUCCAAAUAUGCCAUGUCCAGCUCCGCUCCUCUGUACCAUGAAGCAAUAAAGACCAUUUCCACCUCUGAUGACGAGAUGAUGCCAGACAGGCCCCUUCUGCCAGGGGUUAACAUGGAAGGAACCCACCAUCCAUCCCCUCAGAUGCUCCUCUCUUCCCAGAGUGGCAUGGGCCCACCUGGCAGUCCACAAAGUCCCAUUGGAAUGUUGCUGCAAGGACAGCAGCAGCUUUCCCAUGGUCCUCCAGGAUCUAUGUUGUCCUCCCCCAACCUUAUGAGCAUGUCAGGUAUGAACUCUGGCAUUGUGGGUAGUGCAGGGGGGCUCUCUGGAGGGAUAGGGCCAUGCAAUGCCUCAUUGCAUCCUCAAAACCAGAUGAUGGGCUUUCCUCGCAUGCAGGGUCCAUCUCAAGGCCCUCCACACUCCCCAGUUGGAGCGCUGGCCCAGCAUUACAGCCAACAUCCUGAUGAUAUGCUCUCUCCCCAACAAUUUCAUCUGCUGGGGAAAGGAUUACCUCACCAGCAGCCUACCCAUCCUUCAGACUCCUUCCUCUCAAUGCGCAUGAAUGACGGCCCAGAUCUGAGUGAUGUUAUCCGCCCUUCGCACACUGGCAUUCCUGAAUUUGACCUAUCUCGUAUCAUUCCCUCUGACAAACCUAGCAGCACCUUACAGUACUUCCCAAAGAGUGAGGGGAUGUCCCAGCCUCAGCCAAACUCUCACCAUGGCCAGGCGUUGCAGCAGCCUCCUCCCACACAGCUUCUGAAGCAGCUGUCCUCUGGUCCUCACCACAGCAAUCCAGCUUCAUCCAACCCCCACAUUGCCAACCUUCAAAACAUGAUGGCAGAACAACAGCUCUCAAUUCAUCCCUCACACUAUGGAAUCCGUGCAGGAAUGCCCCAGGGUGGAGGGAGAGGUAUGGUUGUGGGUCCUGUGGGACCUAUGAACCACCCAGGACAUAUGAUGGUCAGGACAGGCCUGGGGCCCCAGCAGCAGCAACAAUAUCACCAACAGCAACAGCAGGUCAUGAUGUCUAAUAGUCUUCAACACCACCCAUCCCACCCACAUCCCAGUAUGAUGUCCCCGCAGCAGCAGCACACACACAACUUAAUGGCCCAGCAGAGCCUGAUGAUGAUGCAGGCAAAGCAAAGGGGGAUGCCCAUUCCAGGGGAACAGCUCGGGCAGCAGGGCCCACUGAUGUCCCCACAAGGUCUUAUUAUGGCCCCCUCGCACCCUGGAAUGAUGGGACCUCAGUCUCUCAGACAGAGGGGAAUGCCAUUGAACAGUCCUUUGGGCUAUGCACCUGGAAAUAUACAUAACAUGCCCUUCUGAAUGUUUUGUUUCUGAAAUUACAAAACCAUUUAUAUGUUACUAAGUGUUGUUAAUAAUUAUUGGUAAUAGUAUUGUUACUUCAUUAGGCCUACUUUAAGGUUUCUACAAUUCGGAUUGCCAUUUUCUAUAUAUUUGUAAUAUAUGUAUAUAUGAGAGAGACGUGUUUUGGGUUUAAAAUCAUUUUUAUGUUUAAUUGCUUGCCUUUAAUUUCAUACCAAACUGCUGUCAGAUGGAAUAUAAAUCUGUACAUGUGAAUCUUCAUACAUACAUGGAUAUAUAUGAAAUGUUAUUGGUUCUUGUUUGCAAAUGGUCUCUAUAACUGCUUAAGUCUAAAAAGAAUAAUAAGGUCAAACAUAUACUUGUUGUGAUGUACUUGUCUAUGUGUUGAAAAAUGGUGAAUUGAGAGGUGAAAUCAAAUUGAAGAAGACAUAAUAACUAGUUACAUUGGUCAUUCUGUGUCAAAUCAUAAGGUUGUUGCUGCACAAUCUCAUAUUUUGUUCAAACCUGGUCUAUAUUAUGCAUGUAUUCCAAAACCAAGGCCUCUAGAAUAUUUCUGUUCAAAUCCUGUCUUGACAUAGGAAUAUAUUAUUUUAUUCAGCCUGAAAAACACAUUAUCUGGGAAAGUUUGGACAUUAAUUUCUUUGGAAGUAUUUUUGCUAGCCAUCCCAAACCUGAACUUUUUUGCACUUUGUUCUUAAUCUAGGACCUAAAAUCAAAAGGUAUGCAGUACAAUUAAAUUAUUUUAAUGGUCAGGUCAUACUGAGAACAUGUUUGGUCAGGCUAGCAAUCCUACUUUUUAAGAUAUUAAUGCCCAAACAUGGCUUCCAAGAUAAUGCAUUUUUAAGAGACAAAAUGAAACCAUAAUAAUUGAACAACACUAUUUUAGAUGUUAGUUUUGAGACCUAAACAUUAUGUAGACAAACUUAGAGCAAAAUAUUAGAGAAAGUGGCAAACAUUUUCCUAGAUUCUGUUUGAUUUGACACUGAAUGACCCACAUACAUUAUUCAACCAGCCACAAUUUAAUGUGGAUUCCUGUCAGACAGGAGCUGUUUAAAGGUACUGUCUUUUAUAAUCCAUUACUUUUUUGGUAAAAUUCAGCAGAAUUCCUUGUGUUUCUUUAGCUCCUUGUUUUUCAACCACUGUGCCACGGCACACUAGUGGUGUGUGAAAAUAAUCCAAUUUCACUACAUUGGUCUUUUUCUUACAGUGUGCUGCAAAUACAGUGCAGAAAAUCCAUCAAAACAUGCAAAACAAACACUGAACUAAAGUAAAAUAAAUAGGCAAAUGUUGUCAGACUAUGUCCUCAGACCCUGAACAGACUUGACCAAUAGGUGUCAACCUUCAGACAUGUUCAACAAACCACCAGUACUAGCAUACUGAGGCCAUGGUGCCUAAUACUUGUAGCCCUAGCCACUGGAUAGCCCCAUUGCUAAAAUAAUAAACUAAAUAUCAACUCUGUUAUUAAUUAACAACAUAUGAUAACAUAAAAUAUUAAUACAUAGCCUACAAUAAUUAAUAAAACAUGAAUACAUAAUUUCUCUCUCCAAAACAGCUUUUGCGCAAAUAAGAAUACCAUGUUAGUAAUACUGUAUACAUUCAAACAUAACAUCCCUGUCGAAAUGGUCUACACUACCCAUCACCCGCAAACCUCCUCCAUUUCCCCAUGGUUCCCCAUGAGAAACCAGGAAGUUAACAGGGAGUUUAAAUGGCGGUGAUUAAACUGUAUACGGAGUUGUAAUUACAAAGUUUUACCCAAUAAAUGAAAUCUUUUUAACAAUCUGUGUGAACGUUUGCAUUUCUUGAUACUGAAGUUGAUGCAGAUGAGAGAUGGAAAUGACAACAUAAUUGGAUUGAGUAUUAUGUAUGCGCACUGUCAAACAUUUGUUGCUGAUAGGAGCAACAAAGUUCAGGAGAUGGUAAAUAAUCUGUGGGAAAUGGUGGUUAACAUGUCUGA